AUGCCUCAGACACUCGAUCAAGCGACAGCUAACAGAGUCCAGGAACGGGCUGUGGCACUCGAAUCUAUUGAUAAAAGGCUGUCAAGCAUUCUGGAGAUGGGUGCUGCUUCGAUUGACGUUAUUCAACGCAGUUCACAUGAGGGCACGGGUGACCAAGAAGCCGUUAAACAAGAGUUCAAAGAGGUGAUGCAGCAGUACCAGGAACUAGUUUUAUCUGUGAAUUCUGACUUACGAAAAGAGGUUGAGCUGUUGUACGAGGCUUGGCACAAGGAUGUACUACCGUUAAAUCUCCAGGCCAAAGCCAACACGUUUGGAAGACUCAAACAAGAUGAAAUUUGGGCUAAAAUUCGCGCUCAAAUUGACGAAAAUAAGGAGUAA